AUGGCUACCCCCUUUCUCGUCUCGCUGGACCCAUCCUCCCCCGCCUCCGGCCUCUCGCUCAACCAGAUCGCCUACUUCGGCCGCGUGCUGGUCAAGGCCUCCACUCUCACCCAAGCCGAACAAUUCCUUCGUACCUAUUUCCGUCUCCUCGAUGUCUACGUCGACGCGACCUCCAUUGCCUCCCCUGGUGAUCUCGUCGAUGUCCUGAACGCCGGAGCUGUUAAGAUCUUUAUCUCCCUCGACCAAUUGACUGCCCUCUCCCACGAACAGUCCGUCCCGUCGUCCCGCAUUGUCGUAUACACCUCUUCAGACAGUCAGGUAGACGCCUUCCGAUCAUGGGUGGGCGACAACGCCGAGCGUAAGGAGGCCGGUCUCUGCACUGACUCGGCCGCAAUCAAAGCCCUGGCCGAUAAACUGGGAGUGGACUUGGAAGCUCAGAAUAUCUACCGAACAUACUCCGGCCCAGUCACAGAGGAUACGUUGAAGGAGACUCUAACCCAAGGCGCGGUCAGCGUUGUAUCUUCCCAGGCUUUGACUCUGGACCGCAGCGAGGCCGACGGCAAGAUCGCUGCCGCUUCCCUUAUCGCGGCACGUGCGGUGGCCGAUGGCAACGGCCUGUAUGCUACUACAGUGACCGACGAGAGGGGAGCCUGCUUGGGUCUGGUCUGGAGCAGUGACGAGAGUAUCUUCGAGGCCCUUCGCACCGGUACGGGUGUCUACCAGAGCCGGAAGCGGGGUCUGUGGUACAAGGGCCAGUCGAGUGGAGAUGUGCAAGAGUUGAUCCGGGUGGGAUUUGAUUGUGACAGCGAUUGCUUGGUGUUCACUGUCAAGCAGAUCGGUAGGGGCUUCUGCCACCUGGGUACAGCCAGUUGCUUCGGGCCGUACCAUGGUCUCUCGCGCCUGCAGAAAACGCUCGAGGCCCGGAAAGCCGAUUCCCCUGCGGGCUCCUAUACUGCGCGCCUUUUCAACGAACCCAAGCUCAUCCAGGCCAAGAUCAUGGAAGAGGCUGACGAAUUGUGCCGUGCCAACACCAAGGAAGAAAUCGCUUUCGAAGCCGCCGAUCUCCUCUACUUUGCCCUGACCCGCUGCGUCGCAGCCGGCGUCAGUCUCGAGGAUGUGGAGAGGAACCUGGAUCUCAAGAGCCUAAAAGUCAAGCGGAGAAAGGGCGACGCUAAAGGCCCCUGGGCGGAGAAGGCCGGUAUUGCCCCCACUGCUCCAGCUGCGCCGGCUCCAGACAGUCAGCCCCCCGCUAAGGAAGAAGACAACCGUAUCGAAAUGACUCGCGUUGUUACCGCCUCCACGCCGGUUGAGGUUGUCAAGGAACACCUCCACCGGCCGUCCCAGAAGUCUAACGAUACCAUCGUUGGUCUUGUCCGCCCAAUCAUCCAGGACGUUCGCGAGAAUGGCGAUGCAGCAGUGCUCAAGUAUACCCACAAGUUCGAGAGGGCGACGUCCUUGACAUCUCCCGUGCUCCGCGCUCCGUUCGCACCGGAGCUGAUGAAGCUGUCUCCGGAAACGCAGGAGGCGCUCGACGUCAGUAUCGGCAAUAUCGCCAAGUUCCACGACGCUCAGAAGGGGAACAACGAAGUUUUACAAGUGGAAACCAUGCCGGGUGUGGUCUGCUCCCGCUUCUCUCGGCCCAUUGAACGUGUCGGUCUAUACAUCCCAGGUGGUACCGCGGUUCUGCCUUCGACCGCCAUGAUGUUGGGUGUUCCCGCUAUGGUGGCUGGCUGCAAGAAAAUCAUCUUAGCGUCGCCGCCCCGUUCCGAUGGCAGCAUCUCCCCCGAGAUUGUGUACGUCGCGCACAAGGUGGGCGCUGAAAGUAUUGUGUUGGCGGGAGGCGCCCAGGCGGUUGCGGCCAUGGCAUACGGCACUGAGAGUGUGAGCAAAGUUGACAAGAUCCUGGGCCCCGGCAACCAGUUCGUGACCGCGGCCAAGAUGCUGGUCGCCAAUGAUACCUCGGCGGGCGUCAGCAUUGAUAUGCCAGCCGGGCCCAGUGAGGUGCUAGUGGUGGCCGAUGAGCACGCCAACCCGGCAUUCGUGGCCUCGGAUCUGCUGAGCCAGGCCGAGCACGGCGUCGACUCGCAGGUCAUUCUCAUCGCGGUCAGCCUCAGCGAGCAGCAACUUCAGGCUAUUGAAAAUGAGGUCGACGCACAGGCUAAAGCUCUUCCCCGAAUGGAUAUUGUCAAAGGAUCUCUGGAGCACUCGGUCACAUUUGUGGUCCGGGAUCUGGCCGAGGCGAUGGCACUCAGCAACGAGUACGCUCCCGAACAUCUGAUCCUCCAGAUCCAGAAUGCGGAGGCUGCGGUAAAGCAUGUGCAGAAUGCAGGAAGUGUCUUCAUCGGCCAGUGGACCCCGGAAAGCGUGGGCGACUACUCGGCGGGUGUGAACCAUUCUUUGCCCACCUAUGGGUAUGCCAAACAGUACUCGGGAGUGAACCUGGGAUCGUUCCUGAAGCACAUCACCAGCUCGAAUCUAACCUCGGACGGCUUGCUGAGAUUGUCGAGCACUGUCGAGCAAUUGGCUGGGGUGGAAGGGCUGGAUGCCCACAAGAGGGCUGUUAGCAUUCGUGUUGCUCACAUGAAGCAGUGA